GACUAAGCUUAUUAACGUUAAUUCUUUCAUUAAUUGUUGAUUGUUGGUCAACAUUUGAUUGCGCUACUACUUGUCAAGGGACAAUUUUAUUUGAUUAUUUGUGGCUAAUUGUGAUUGAUCAACCAGGAAUGAACAUCUUCCCAAUCAUUCACGUUCUAAGUGUUGUACUAAAUUUAACCAACGGAUUAAAUGAAACAAAUAGUUCACAAUUAACGGAGCCUUCGCCAUCUUCAUUGUUACAGGGGGAAGUUCAACCUUAUCCCUUGGUUCAUCCAACAGAAUCUCAGCUGAUUAGUGAUUCUGAGAUUCUGAUGUUCUGAUGCCGCAGUCUCCUGAAAGUCGACGAAAUGUCCAAAGUCAAGGAUCGCAUUCUGAUGUUGCACAUAAAAAAUCUUCCGGUCAUGAUAAUCGAGAUGCUGCUCAGAAAUGGAAACAAGGUUCAGAAUCAAAUGACCACGAAGAUGAGAAAUUGGUCGAAGAAUAUAAUAAGAAUAAAGGUCGAGUGUAUGAGAAAAAAUGGUCAUGGGAAAAAGAAAAAGGCUCCGGACAUGGUUGGGAGAAUCAGGGUCAUUCUAAUCGCGAUCAUUUGAAAGGUUCAAAUAAUCGAGAAUAUGAAUCAGGAUCGAAAGGUAAUCAAGGAAAAGAGAAUUGGUCACAAGAGAAGAAAAAAUCUCAUAAACUCGAAGAUAAUUAUGGAAAGAAAUUCGAUUCUAAAGGUUCAAAGGAAGAAGCCAAAGAUUCACAUGAUCAUCAUGAUUCUGGAAUCAAUCAAUUUGAUGAUUCACAUUAUCGGAAACAAUUUAGUUACCUUUAAAUUGACCAUUUAAAUUUAAUUUCCAAAAAGAGCCCAAUUAAAUUGCCAUUCAUUCAACAAAAGAAAAUAAUUUGUUAAUCAUCGUAUUUAUUUUCCUUCUCAUUAAAUUCAUCACUUAAUU